CAAAAUGGCGUCGCGCCCAUCAAAAAGGACAAGAAGAAAAAGAGGAAGAAAAGUGUGGCGGAAAUGGACGGACUGAAGAGGGAACUUGACAUGGACGAGCACAAAAUUCCUCUGGAAGAGUUGUACGAGAGGCUGGGUGUGGACCCAGUGAAGGGACACUCGCAAGAGCGAGCUAAAGAGCUCUUGGAGCUAAACGGACUGAAUGAGCUGACGCCUCCCCCGGAGAAGCCUGAGUGGGUCAAGUUCGCUAAAACAAUGUUGGGCGGUUUCUCCCUCCUGCUGUGGGCGGGAUCGAUCCUGUGUUUUAUCGCCUACGCGAUACAGGCAGCGGAAAUGGACAGCCCACCCGGCGAUAAUCUGUACCUGGGUAUCGUGUUGGCGGCGGUGGUCAUCAUAUCCGGGUGUUUCGGGUACUAUCAGGAGGCCAAGAGCUCACGAAUCAUGGACUCGUUCAAGAACAUGGUCCCUCAGAACGCCAUCGUCGUGAGGGGCGGGGAGAAGUUGAACGUCCUGGCGGCUCAUCUGGUCACAGGGGACAUUGUGGAGGUCAAGUUUGGUGACCGUGUGCCCGCGGACAUGCGCGUGAUAUCUGCUCACGGGUUGAAGGUCGACAACUCUUCCUUGACUGGCGAAGCUGAACCACAAGCCCGAUCAGCUGAGUUUACUAACGAGAACCCACUAGAGACGAAAAACGUCAUCUUCUUCUCCACCAACGUUGUCGAAGGAACUGCUGUUGGUAUCGUGAUCAAGACGGGCGACAACUCCGUCAUGGGCCGUAUUGCCAAUUUGGCCUCUGGGUUGGAGGUUGGAGAAACGCCCAUCGCCAAAGAGCUUUCCCAUUUCAUCCACGUCAUCACUGCUGUUGCCGUGUUUCUGGGAGUUCUUUUCUUCAUCAUCUGUUUCUUCUUCGGCUACUUCUGGCUGGACGCUGUCAUCUUCUUGAUUGGUAUCAUUGUGGCUAACGUUCCGGAGGGGCUACUGGUCACUGUUACGGUCUGUCUAACGCUGACAGCUAAGCGUAUGGCCAAGAAAAAUUGUCUUGUAAAGAACCUGGAGGCUGUUGAAACGCUUGGUUCCACCUCAACUAUCUGCUCGGACAAAACAGGGACAUUGACACAAAACAGAAUGACCGUUUCACAUUUAUGGUUCAAUGGGCAAAUACUUGAAGCUGACACAAGAGAGGAUCAAACGAUGAGCUCCUUCCCACCUGAUGACCCGACAUGGAUUAGCCUCUCUCGUGUAGCAAUGUUAUGUAAUCGAGCUGAAUUUAAGGUUGGACAGGAGAAUAUUACUGUUCUGAAGAGAGAAUGUAAUGGAGAUGCAUCAGAGUCAGCCAUUUUAAAAUGCACAGAGCUUGCUAUUGGGAACGUAAUGAACUACCGUAGCCGUAAUAAAAAAAUUGUGGAGAUUCCAUUUAAUUCAGCCAAUAAAUUUCAGGUAUCGAUUCACCAACUGGAAAACUCUACUCAGUUUCUACUGGUCAUGAAAGGCGCACCAGAAAGGAUAUUGGAGUGCUGUUCGACCAUAUUACUGCACGGAGAGGAGUACCCAAUGGAUGAGAACUACCGGACGGCCUUCAACACAGCUUACAUGGACCUUGGAGGCCUCGGUGAAAGAGUGCUUGGUUUCUGCGAUUAUCUACUUCCUAGUGAUAAAUUUCCACCUGACUAUCACUUUGAUCCUGAAGGUCCAAAUUUCCCAGUAAAAGGCCUGCGGUUUGUUGGCCUGAUGUCAAUGAUAGACCCUCCUCGGUCUGCUGUACCUGGGGCAGUGGCUAAGUGUAGGAGUGCUGGCAUCAAGGUAAUCAUGGUAACAGGAGAUCAUCCAAUCACAGCCCGAGCCAUAGCUGUAGGUGUUGGUAUCAUCUCACCAGAGAGUAAAACAGUGGAGGAUAUUGCAGCUGAGAGGGGGAUACCAGUGGAGGAGGUUGAUCCAAGAGAGGCUAAAGCUGCUGUUAUACACGGUGGGGAUCUGAAGAACAUGACCCCAGCCCAGAUUGAUGCCGUUCUGAAGAACCACGCAGAGAUUGUGUUUGCCCGUACCUCACCACAGCAGAAGCUUAUCAUCGUAGAGGGCUGCCAGAGACAGGGGCAAAUUGUGGCCGUUACUGGUGAUGGUGUCAAUGAUUCACCUGCUCUCAAACAAGCUGAUAUAGGUGUUGCUAUGGGUAUUGCUGGCAGUGAUGUGAGCAAACAAGCAGCAGACAUGAUUUUACUUGACGACAACUUUGCUUCCAUCGUGACGGGCGUGGAAGAAGGAAGAAUUAUUUUUGACAACUUGAAGAAGUCCAUCGCCUACACCUUAACCUCGAAUAUCCCAGAAAUCGCACCGUUUCUCAUCUUCCUCCUUGCUGAUAUUCCCCUUGCCCUAGGCACCAUCACCAUCCUUUUCAUCGACCUCGGUACCGACAUGGUCCCUGCCAUCUCUCUGGCUUAUGAGGAGGCUGAACUAGAUAUCAUGCAGAGAAUGCCCAGAAACCCUCUUAAAGACAAGCUGGUUAAUGACAGGCUAAUUGGUGUUUCCUAUGGUCAGAUUGGUAUGAUUGAGGCCUGCGCUGGAUUCUUCACGUAUUUCGUUGUUAUGGCAGAAAAUGGCUUUUGGAUGCGUCGUUUGGUUGGCAUACGUGCCUUUUGGGACAGCCCAGGGGUCAAUGACCUAAAAGAUACUUAUGGUCAGGAGUGGACAUUUCACCAGCGCAAGCAGUUAGAAUACACCUGCUACUCUGCUUUCUUUGUGUCCAUCGUCAUUGUUCAGUGGGCCGACCUGAUCAUUAGGAAAACUAGGCGCCUGUCUCUAUUCCAGCAUGGCAUGAAAAAUCAUUAUCUUACAUUUGGAUUGUUUUUUGAAACGGCUUUGGCUGCUUUCUUAUGCUAUUGUCCUGGACUGAAUGAAGGACUUCACGUACAGCCACUGAGGUUUACGUGGUGGCUAUGUGCUAUACCUUAUUCCGUAUUAAUAUUUACAUACGACGAGUGCCGCAGAUUUCUACUGAGACGAAGCCCUGGGGGUUUCAUAGAGAGGGAGACGUACUUCUGAUUUCUUGAGAACCUGGAGAACCAGGAUGUACAGCUUAAGGUACUCGCCAGUACCAGCUUGUCUUAGAGAUUGUUAUGACCAGAUAUACCAAAGAAUUCGUCCAUGCAUUUCUUGACCGUUUUAAGAAACAAAACAUGUUAUAAACAUCAAGAUGUUUAUUAUUUGGUUCAUUUUUGCCAUAUCAUUUUUAAGCAUCACCACAAAUAGCCUGUUCAGCAUGUGGUAUUCUCAAUCUGGCCACAAACUCAAUGGACUCUUCGAUCUCAAAGUUUAAAAAGUUGUUUUUAAAACUUGAACUUUCUACUACAAGAGAUGCUUGUUGCAUCUUACAUUUUAUGACUGAUAAAAAUGUGAAAAUAGACAUACUUUGAUAAUAAUUGUUUUAAAUCCAGGUUUAAAACCUACGAAGUUUAAAAUGCUUUUGAUUUUACUACAUUUGUUUUAAAAACAAGUGUUUGCCAUUGAUUAAAUUCUUAUAUUUUUUUAUAUUAAAUACUUCUGUGAUUUGCCAAUCUGUGUUAUACUUACUUUAAAAGCAAUGGAUUUUGUAACAGUAAUAUAACAUACCAUUACAACUUACAUUUUUUUAGCCUUUAGAAAUUCCUGUAUUGUUUUAUAUUUUUAUAUUUUUGAAACCAUGUUUUUGCUCUAGGCAUGAUGUAAAAAUUUUAGACCCAUUUCAUAUUAUGAAGUUAUCAGUUUCAUAAAUCCAGUUAUUCAAGUAAAUUUGUUUUAGUAACCAUUUUAAUGUUUUCAUUAUGAAAUUGGAGAUUUUGAUAUUUCUAUCAAUUCAUUUUACUCUGCAAUUUUUAUUUCAAAAAAAUGAAAUAUAUAGAAAAUUUCAAUAUUUUAUAGGUGAACAAGUUAAUGAAUGUGGUGUGUAUUUAUAUUGUGUAUGUAAGAGUAUGAAAAAAAUGUAAGUUUUUAAUAUUGUUUUUACACAAUUAAUCAGAAUUAA